AUGCCAGACUGUGAGGAUGAUAAUCCGAACGGCUUGUGUCCCAUAGACGACACGGUCGCCGCGCCACCACCCGACUACGACCUUCUUGACGCGCCCGUGCCCGAGGCGUACAGGCGCUACUUCCCCGACUUGAGGCUUCCUAAGGAGCUGCGGCAUCCGGAACUCGCGCCCCUCGCCGAUCGUCUGGUCCAGUUCCUCUCGCGUCCAGCUCUGAGUCAUAAAGAUGCUCUCGAGGCAAACCAAGCCGGGUGUCCAGCGGACAUUAUCGACCAGCUCACGAACCCCGCGCUACUGUCCGAUCAUCAAGCCUAUUGGAUCCAGAUUGACGCGAAUGAGAUUAUCGAGCGCCGCGCCGAACUCGUCCAGUAUCUCGCGAAGCAGGUCGAGGCAGGCCACAAGGUGCUGGGUACCAUGCUCAAGGGCCCUGAUAAGCGCGGCAUCGUUCUCACGGGCGGAAACGGGGAUACCGUGCUGCGCAUCGAGAUGUUGCUGCGCCACCUCCGGAAAAUCGGAAGCAAGCUCCCUGUCGAAGUUGUGCACUUCUCUGACGAGCUCAACGAUAAGAAGUACCGGAAGAGACUUGAGAAGCUCGGUGCCAAGCUCGUGGCGGUCCAGGGCGUCGAGAAGACGCCUGGCGCGUGGAAGAACUACCAGAUCAAAGCCAUGGCUAUGAUCCAGUCGUCGUUCACCGAGCUGAUCUACCUCGACAGCGACAAUGUGCCGCUGCGCACGCUUGACCAUCUUUUCUCGGCGCCGCUGUACGAAGAGAACGGCCGGGCGGCAUUCUGGCCCGACAUCAGCAAGGACCACGCGGAUAACGCGAUCUGGCGGAUUGUCGGCGACACAUGUCACCUCCGCGAGUGGACGUUUGAGAGCGGGCAAAUUGUGCUCGACAAGCGGGGCAACAGCGGCAACAACCUCGCCGCGCUGUGGCUGGCGGCCGGGAUGCUUGAGCAGCAAGACUUUUACUUCACCAUGUGUGGGGGCGACAAAGACACGUUCCGCUGGGCCUUCCGCAUGCUGGACCUGGCGUACGCGCCCGCCCCGCGCUGGUUGAGCGCGCUCGGCAUCCUGAACGAGUUCGACGACAACCGCUUCUGUGGCCACACGAUGCUGCAGUACGACCUCGUGGCGCAGGGCGCGGCGCCGCCCCCGCUCUUCGUGCACUCCAACCUCCUCAAGUACCUGGAGGGCGGGCUCGAGCAGGGCCGCGUGUUCACGCACAUCAAGCACCUCCCGCUGGACCUGUAUGAUGAAGCGAGCCUCAACAGCAUCUUCUUCUUUGUGUACCACGGCAACGGGCGCGGCAUGUGCACCGACAUGCUGGUGCACGGGAACGCGGAGGAGAAGAUGGGCGACGCGCUGUACGCCAUGCAGCAGCCGCUCGUGGUGGGCACGCACGACUUCCCGGAGCUCGAAGGGUUCGAGGACGCGUGGUGGAAGGCCGGCGGGCGUGUCGGCGGGUGGUAG